GGGCGGAAGCGGCAUACAGAAGCAGAUGCAUGGUUACAGGGAUUUCAUUGGUCAGUUUGAAUGAGGCGAUGGGUUCACUUGAGGACAAGUUCCUUGGGGACAUGAAGAUCUGAUAAUAGCUGACUUGACUCUAUCUAGGGUACAUGUGGUUUUCCCCAGAACUUUCUGUUCCCCUCCCAGGCCAGGUGUCUGACCACAGAUAUCCUGUUUGGCAGCCUAAGAGUACUGACCUUGCCCUGAACCCAUACUUGUUUGAAAGCCUUGCGAAAUGGCGUUAUAGCUGCCAAGCUGGGUUAAGGCAAUGUAGCAGGGCCGGGGGUCUUUCAAUGCCUGUCCUGGAACCAGCUCUUGUAGACCAGGCUGGCCUCGAACCCACAAGAGAUCACCCUGCCUCUGUCUCCCAAGUGCUGGGAUUAAAGGCAUCCUGUGAGUUUUUCUCACUAUGAUUUUUGUGAAUGUGUGAAAGACCCAGACCCCAGCAGAUCUGUAGCAAUUGACAAUCCCUCAGCACCCUGACUCUUGAACCCAGAGCCAAGAAACACACCAUGGAUCUGGGAACUCGAGCCAGCAAAAGAAACACUUUAUCCCUGAACCUGUUGUGACUGCGUUGGACACCCCCCAGUCAAGACCACCACAGAGCCGGUUUCCAAUAGAAACCCUCAGACCAUGAUCCAGCACUCCUACCCAGCAGGUGGUGAAAUGCUCCAAACUCUGGUGUUGGAGAUUUUUAAAGGGAAAACCCACAAGCUCGGUGUGACAAGCCUUGGCAUUUGAGGAUUGGGUAAGGGGAUGCAAUCUUUUAAUUCUUUGGCUGCGGUCUAGGGGAAUUUCCAAACAACAGUUAUCAAAACGCCGUCUUUAUUGAAGCAGGUUAGAGUUUCUAAAGGCAAAAUGUACAAGCGAGGGUCACAGCCUUAGCAGUGCUCAGAAGGCCUUGCAGCGGUGACAUUGAACCUGAUGGGUCGUGACGAACAGGGAGUACAGAAUAGAGGGGUAGGGUUAACGACCUGCAUCAGGUGUGGUUGAGGCUAGAGGUUAGUAGCAGUCACAACAGUCAUGCCCAGUGUGGAGCGCAACCCAUUCUGGGAACUAGGGAUCGUGGAGAGGCCAUAAGAUGGUGGUCUUAAUUUAGUUUGACUUUAAUCCUCGCAUUUAGAACAGCUUACUUGAAAGACCCCCGGUGUGGGGAGACUCUCACUCAACUCCUCAAGAACUCACGGGAGACCUUCCUUGCUGCAAUCACACGAGGUUUUUUGGCAGGAACCAGUGCACUGGGGCCGAGACUCAUAUCCCACGCAAGGGAGGAGUUCGGCUAGCCGGGAGAAGGGGUAUUUAAGGGAAGAAAUCACAACCCAAUAACCCAAAGGGAGUAGGUAGGGCAUCAUUGGAAAAUUCCGAAAAUACCAGUGAUAAUCACAAAGGGGAACUCCCUGUUUCUUAAGAUUAUAAUCUAACUUUAUCUUCAACUAGUUCCUAAAACAGUGUCACUGAGCCGGCUAAUCUAGAUUUUUGAUUCUUCUCUCCCUGCUUAGAUUUUUGGCUCUAUUUUUUCUGCUAGAGGGGUCUAGAUUUAUCCGGUUCUUUCACCAAAUUGACGGUGUUCACUUGUAGGACCCAGCCACGAUAAGCUCAAUAGAAGCCUGAGUCUCAGUAGCUUACCCAAGGGAAAUACCUGGUUCCAAGAAGGAUCACAAACUGAGACCACACCGGCACCAGACAAUGGGUCUGUGCUUGCGGGUGAUCCUAUCUAUGAAGGUUAGACGUUAGGAAUCUCCUUUGGAUGGUCUGUUCCUGGGUGGUGCCUGCUUCUUCUCUCUUUUUUAGACCUUUCUUUCUUCUAGAGAAGAGAGAAAAGAGAAGAGAAGAGGAGAGAGAGAGAGAGAGAGAGAGAGAGAGAGAGAGAGAAAGGAGAGACAAAAGCAGGGAAGGGGAGAAGUGGGGAGAGGCAGAAGCUGCCUCUCCAAGAGGGAGAUGGAAAAGAGAGAGAACUUGGGCUGGAAGCUGAAGAUCAGCCUGUCUCAGCAGAGGGAGGGGGGAGUGGGCAUGGCUUGUCUCUUAAAGAGACAGAACAGACCAUUACAUUCUUAACAAUAACAACUGCAGUUGUAAAAUAACAACGGGAAAAAAUUUGUAAUAGGGGGUCCACAAUAUUGGAAACUAUAUUGAAUGCUCAAAGCAUCAAAAAAUUGAGAAGCAGUGGCUUUAAAAAUGUCCCUUGUUACUUGAGGUCUAUUCAACAUAAGGAUAUAUGUCUAGCAUAAGCUAUUUGGAUAAACUGAGUCAUAUAAAUUUUUUGAAUUGAUAAUAAGAAAAAUUUCAGUUGAAAAAUUGUUGUUUUCUAAGGCUCAUACUUAACAGAGAUAGAACUACAAAGCCCUUUUCCCAAGGUCAGGCAUUUGGAUAAAGCUCCUAUUCCCUCAGGUGGCUUCAAGAAAGUUCUUACUCUAAAAAGGACAUCACCCUCCUUAUCUCUGGCAAAAGGAACCUUCCCUAACACCUGGCUGUAGUGCCUUAAAACUUGACAAGGGCAAUGCUAGGCCCUAGACUCCCUCCCAGUCCCAAUGGUCUUUGAAUAUCCUGACCAUUGGUUAGGGUGGAGUGGACCUGUAUGGGUCAUCUUAAUGUCAAAAAGACCAAGUAACCACACCCUAGGUCAGAAUGUGUAGCCAUAACUGUCAACAACUCAAAACAAGCUAAAACUCUCUGAUCUUCAGACAAGGUGGAAAUAGGCUCACAUUUUUUGGGCCUCCACAAACUGCAAAACAAAACUGUAUUAUAUAUCUCCAUUCCAUAUGAAAGGAUGGCAUGGGAUAAUAAGUCAUGAGGACUCUAUACCCAACAAGAUUCAUCAUGUCUCAUACAGUCGCAAAGUUGUUCCCAUGUAGAAAGAUCCACAUGCACAUCACCUGUUUUUCUUGGUUUGUUCCUUCAUGACUGCAGCCAACAUUUUCAGGAGGUCUCCUCCAGUCAAGUCUUAUCUUUAUUAAUUUUGAAGAAUCUAUAGCUUUUUGUUUCCUGUGAAUACAAAGACAUAACCUCUUCCCCUAAUAUAACACAUUUCCUGACUUCCAUUCUGGUUAAGACAUUUUAAAAAUAUUUAGGCUGGUUUAAUUCAGAAGUUUUUUCCAACACCCAGUGUCUCAGCAGCUGUUGGUUUUUUUUUUCUCAUUGGCAUUUAAAAAUUUAAACUUAAUAAAGCACUAUGUAAUCUAUCUCUGGAGGUCUUUGUUACCCCUUUCUGUUUAUUAAGCAUCACUUUUAAAGUAUGAUUGAAUCUUUCUACAGAUUUCUGUUUAUCCUUGUGAAUUAUGGGUAUGCCUCUUAAAAUAUGCUUUAUGCUGUAAUAUUCAAAAAUGACUUCAUUUUACUAGAGACAUAUGCUGGAGCAUUGUCAGUCUUAAUUUGUAAAGGUAUUCCUAAUAUAGACAUAACUUCUAAUAAAUGUGUGGUUACAGAUGCUGACCUGAACUGACCAACUUCAGUUUGAUAUUGUGGCCUGCAAGAGACCCCCUCCAGUGUUUCCCAACAAGGGAUGUCUUGUUUGUCCCUUGUUGAUCUGCAUUCAUUAGUCCAAUGUAAACCCCAGAAGGCUGGUUCUUUUUUGAUUAUCUCUAGAAAAUACAUAGUUUCUAGGAAAGCCUUGCCUACAACUACUUUUGAAAUGACCUUGUUUGCCACAGCCAAGACAUUUGACAACUUGGCUUUCCUUAAAACAUUUAGAGAUUACUUCUCUUAUUAAAGUUGCAUCAUGAGAUCCAGUAUCAGCUAUAUUUCUAAUCCAUUCAUCUAUUGGUGCUGAUCUUGUCUUUAGAGGCCUGAUCACCUUUUUGCAUUCAGAAUUAGCAUUUUCCAAAGCCAAAGAUUCAAUUAAUAUCUGAAUUUGAUACUCUUCUAUUUACAGCUGAAGCCAAUCUUUGUAAAAAGAAAAAUUAGUAAAUGCUUCCUUUGGACCUUGUAUAAUUUUAGUAAAUGGUUCAAACCUCUUUUCUUGUUUCUUCAAUCUUGUCCCACACACUUAAAGCGCUGUGUGACAUAGUGCCAAGGUGGCAUUGUGUUAUUCAGCCUGCAUGUAUCUCAGCAUGUUGACCUUCACCUGGAGUGCUCUUGGGAAAUAUGGAUACCUCUAGCCCUAUUUCUUUGUUCUAUCUCCUUAUCUUCUUCCACCAUGAUCACCUGGUGACCAGAGACCAGCUUCUAGUACUGCUUUUGUCAAAUCUUCCCAGUCUUGGGGAAUUACUCUAUUGAAUUGCCCAGGAAUUUAAUAUUUGCUUCACGAGGGGUGAAUGCAUACUAUAUGAAAUUACAGCUUCUUUUGAUUUUUUAAAUCUAGCAUUGCAAUGAGAUGCCAUUCAAAUUCUUCAUAACCUUCAGAGUAUCUAUCAUCUGCUGGUAUUUCUCAUAUAGUAACUGGGUAAGUAAAAAUUGGUUUCCUAGAAACUUUUGACUGACCUUCAUUUUAUUAUACAGUGGCUCAGCAGGCUCUUGUCUUAAUCCCUGUCUUUGUCUUAGUAUCUUUCUAAUUUUUAUUUAUGUCUAAUUAUUUUUCUAAGGCUUGUAUUUUAUGAAUCCACCUUUUAUAUUUUUUGUUCCCUUGUAUUCUAAAACUUUUUUUCUUUGAGAGGGCAUAGAGGGCCACUAUAGGUAUUAAGAAAAAAUUUGAAGCCAGGUAAUAGUGGUGCAUGUUUUAAUUUCAGAACUUGGGAGGCAGAGGCAAGGGGAUCUCUAUGAGUUCAACGCCAGCCUGGUUUACACAGUGAGUUCCAGGACAGUCAGGACUAGGUGUACACAGAGAAAUCCUGUCUCAAAAAAAAAAAAAGAAUAAAAUAUGAAACACCAGAAUGAUAGUAAUCAUAAUCAAUAUUAAGCAAAUCUCAGUUGUCAUUAUCUUUUCAUUUUUCUAAUAUCAAGAUAUUCUAAUAGCAAGAUGUAGUCACAAAAGAAGAUACGUCUGGGCUGACAAGACGGCUCAGCAGGUGAAGGCUCUAGCUGCUAAUCUUGAUAACCCGAGUUCCACCCCUGGAGCCGGUAUAAAGAUGGAAGGGGAGACCCAAUGCCAGAGUUGUUCUCUGACCUCUACACAUGCCCACCGCACACUGCAACUUUAAAAAUGGUUCAUUCGGUCAAGAUGGCGCCGAAAGCGAAGAAGGAAGCUCCUGCCCAUCCCAAAGCCGAAGCUAAAGUGAAGGCCUUGAAAGCCAAGAAGGCAGUGCUGAAAGGCGUCCACAGCCACAAAAAGAAGAAGACCCGCACAUCGCCCACCUUUCGGUGGCCCAAGACGCUGCGGCUACGAAGGCAGCCCAAAUACCCCCGGAAGAGCGCGCCCAGGAGGAACAAGCUUGACCACUAUGCCAUCAUCAAAUUCCCCCUGACCACCGAGUCAGCCAUGAAGAAGAUAGAAGACAACAACACACUUGUGUUCAUUGUGGAUGUCAAGGCCAACAAGCACCAGAUCAAACAGGCUGUGAAGAAACUCUAUGACAUCGAUGUGGCCAAAGUCAACACCCUCAUAAGGCCCGACGGAGAGAAGAAGGCAUAUGUUCGGUUGGCUCCUGAUUAUGAUGCUCUGGAUGUUGCCAACAAAAUUGGAAUCAUCUAAACUGAGCCCAGCCGGCUAAUUCUAAAUAUACACUUUUUCACCAUAAAAAAAAAAACAAAAAAAAACAGUUCAUUCCCACAGGCCUUGCACUCAAUAGAACGGUGCCCUCCCACAUUUACACAUGCCACCCCAAAGCCUUCUUCACAGCAACCUCUGUAAUCUGGUCCCUGGGUGCUAACUUGGGAAAUCAUCCAUCUUUUACAAAUUAUGUGUAUGUAUAUUGAGUGCAGAGCCUGCAGAGGUCAGAGGAGAGCUUCAAAUCCCCUGUGGCUAAAUACAGUCUGCUGUAAGAGGUCCAACGUGGCUGCUGACAACAGAAUGCAGUUCUCUAGGACAGCAAGCACUCUUAGCUACUGAGCAUGCCCCAACCACUCUGAGACAGGGUUUCACUAUGUAGAUUGGCUGGCCUGGAACUCACUAUGUAAGCCUUGAACUCACAUGCAUUCACCUGCCUCUGGCUCUCAAGUACUGGGAUUGAUGGCUUUGAAGCAGUGUCAUGAGGAUGACCAUGGCUGAGGAUGACCAUGGCUGAGGAUGACCAUGGCUGAGGAUGACCAUGGCUGAGGGUGACCAUAGCUGAGGGUGACCAUGGCUGUGGCUGAGGGUGACCAUGGCUGAGGAUGACCAUGGCUGAGGAUGACCAUGGCUGAGGGUGACCAUAGCUGAGGGUGACCAUGGCUGAGGAUGACCAUGGCUGAGGAUGACCAUGGCUGAGGAUGACUACAGCUGAGGGUGACCAUGGCUGAGGGUGACCAUGGCUGAGGAUGACCAUGGCUGAGGGUGACCAUGGCUGAGGAUGACCAUGAGCUCCUGAUCCUCCUGCCUCCACCUCCCAGUACUGGGACUAAAGGCCUGUGCCACCAUGCCUAAUUUAAGAGCCCGUCUUCUAUGUAUCUUCUAGACCACCUCCACAAAAUAAGCUGUUACAGUUACACACAUACACACAGACACACACAUACACACACAUGCAGAUGCACACGCACACACACACAUACACACACAUGCAGACGCACACACACACAUACACACACACGCACACAUACACACACAGGUUUUAUUUUAUUUAUUUAUUUAUUUUGGGUUUUCAAGACAGGGUUUCUCUGUGGCUUUGGAACCUGUCCUGGAACUAGCUCUGUAGACCAGGCUGGUCUCGAACUCACAGAGAUCCGCCUGCCUCUGCCUCCCGAGUGCUGGGAGGUUUUAUUUUUUUAUUUAUAAGCUUUUUCUUCAGCCUCUUCACACAUUCUAGAUAAAAUCUGACAGUUAACAGUUUUCCCAUAUUCUCUGAACAGGGUUUCCCUCCAGUAAUUCUUUUCUGUACCUGAACUAGGAUAG